AUGAACAACGACCAGUUUAGAAAGCUCCUCAACACGCCGGCGCGGCAGGAUGGCGACAACAGCAGCCCACGGCCCAGUGCCGUACCGUCAUCACUUGGAUCCAAACGCUCCUCUUUCAUGCCCAUGACGCCACGUUCAGUUCGAGGUGUCUCUGGAAAUGAUUUCGCCCGUCAAGUGGCCGAGCGCAAUGCCGCAAACCAGACGGGAAAGAAGUUCAAGGGUUCUGCUGCGCCCAAAGGAUCUCGACUAGGCUCAGGCUUCACCGACCGUACGCAGAACCGAUACGAUGACGAGGCAGACGAGCGAGCUGCUCGUAUCAAGGCUCUUGAAGAACAAGUCAAACUUGGACAACUGGAUAAUGCGACUUUCGAGGCAUUGCGCGAUCAGAUCACGGGUGGUGAUGUUGGUGCUACACAUCUGGUCAAAGGUCUGGAUCGUAAAUUGCUCGAGCGCGUCAGGAAAGGUGAAGAUGUACUUAGAGCAUCCAAGCCCGCAGAUGAGGAAGACCUGGAAGACGAAUUCGAAAAGUUCGAAGAAAAGGAGGUUGCUCGUGUAGAGCGCGAGAAGGUUGCGAAGAAGGGAGAGAUGGCACUUCCACCGCCUGUCGCUGGCGCAAAGAGAUCUAGAGACCAGAUUCUGGCUGAGCUGAAGGCACAACGGAAAGCACAGGCCGAUGCAAGACUGGCUGCAAGACCUGAGUUGGGCGACAGAUUCCGCGACGUUGGUUCUUCGCGUGCAAGUUCCCGUAUCGAGAUUGAUGCAAAAGGGCGUGAAGUCCUGAUCACAACUGACGAGCACGGAAACGUCAAGAAGAAGGUCAGAAAAGUCCAGGUACCGACCGAAGAGCUGGCUCAACAAGCUCAAUCGCAUAAGUUCCUCGACGAAGGUGUCACAGUGCCGGCGCCCAAAGCAAUUGAGAAACCUGUAGAGGCACCGAAGGAUGAUUCAGACGACGACAUCUUUGAUGGUGUGGGCGAUGCCUACGACCCGCUAGGUGGAAUGGACGAUGAUGACUCUUCUGACGACGAGGAUGGAGAGGUAACUGAGAAGGUGCCUAAGUCAGGCACAGCAGCAGUAACACGGGAGUCAAAAUCACCAUCCUCCGACUCAGAAUCGACCAAGGAACCUAAGGAAGCCACAACAACAUCAAUGCCUCCACCUCCACCACCAACACAACCCACAGCACCACGCAAUUAUUUCAAGUCCACCUCAACCACUACCGACCAAGCAGCAGAACCACAAACACCCCAAAACCCCUUCAACGACGCCGCCUUCCUCGCCGCCAUCAAAAAAGCCGGUGCUCUCUCAAACAUCUCUCUAUCCCUCAAUGCUUCCUCCGAAGAUCCCUCAGCGCCCGAAUCAGCCGAAGCAAAAGAAUUGCGUUUGCGGAAACGAGCACAGAUGCUUGCAGCCAGUGACCGCGACAUGGAAGACAUGGAUCUCGGCUUUGGAUCUUCAAGAUUUGGCGACGAAGAAGAGGGAGAUGAUGGAAAGAGGAUUAAAUUGUCGACUUGGAAGGGCACCGGAGAUGACGAUGACGAUGACGGUGAUGAUGGAGGUAGCNAAAGAGAAGAAGAAGAGGGAAGGAGAAGAAAGGGUGAUAAGAACAAUGCUCAAGAUGUGUUGGGUGUGAUGGAGAGGAGAAAGGAAGCUGGCAAGUAG